AUCAUUGAUGACUGCCUGCAGCCAACGGCCGCAGCAAUGAAACUUGGAACCCGAGAGGGAGCCCUUGGCGACCAUAUCUUCUUCACGUAGAAGCGGGGAAAACGGUUCAAAUGUUGUUUGCCUUGCCUGGGACUGAUGGGCUGCUUCCAGUCCAUAUAAAAAAUCCACGAUACACCCAUGGGCUGACCUUCACAAGGGCCUGAGGCGAUGGGCCCACUCUCGAUGACCAUGUUGUCUCAACGAUCACGGCAGCAGCGCAGGUCGGCCUGUAAUCGAUGCCGGACGUACAAGCUGCGGUGCGAGCGCGAUCCCCGCCAAGCUGAGGGCGUCUGUGAGCGAUGCCGCAAGUCCGGUGCCGCGUGCACAACGGCGACAACGGCGACGGCCACCGCAGCUACCAGUAGCCCCAUGUCAACGGCCGUGGACGCCAAUAAGGGCUUCGGCACAGGCACCAGACCUGCUAUCCCACUGGCCCUGGCGCCGCGCAGGGUCUCUAGCUCCCACAACGUACCCCGGCCGAUGCAACAGAUACAGCCAGCGAGAGAUACCGUUCACGUGGCCCGUACCGAGAAUACUAGAGUAAAUCCACCGGCUGCAGUUUUGGGAGAGGGCCGCACUUCGCCUGAGGCUUUAGUACGAUCACCGGCUUUCGACUUCAACUUUUCCUGCCUUGUGCCGUCGGAUGGAAGCCGAGAGGCACAGAGUGACCCCAACAAGGCACCUGAUGUGGACUGGCAGGAGCAUUUCGCGGAAUCUUCCAUUGAUGUCGCGGUUUUUGGCAAUUCUUAUAUGGAUCUUGUGCACCCAGAGGCCGGCUCUUCAUCACCAGGAGCUAUACUCCCCGGUACCGUCAACCAAGAGACUCCAAGUCCAGGACAAAGUGUGAAUUCCGGUCGUGGAAGCCUGGCUACAUCAUCAUCACGCACCCAGGUUGCCGGCCCCGACGAUUUGUACAUGGAUCUCGAAUCUGCGCGCGGCCGCGAGGACGCCGUCGGGAUCGACGUGCCGCGCAACUAUCUCCCCGAAGUCAUGGAGCUCAGCAGUCGGCUAGCAGAGGACUAUGAAAAUCUGCAAGCAGCCGACGUCUACCCUCCAUACUCCAAAACCUCGCCAAAUCCUCUCGAAGCAGCCGUUCAGCGCGCUCUCGAACGCUCCUCGCACUUGUGCGAACUGUUGAAGAUAAUCGGAGCGGGCGGGCACUCUUCCACUGCCAGCUACACGAGCAGCUGUGAUCGUCGAGGCGCGAGCCCAGCCUGUUGCGUCGUGCUCACCACAUCCCUCGUGACGGCUUACAUGCUCCUGAUGCGCGUGUGGCGCCGGAUAUUCGUCUACCUCCACCGUCUACUGCUUGAAAGCACGCCAUCACCGCAAGCCGGAUCCACGGACAUUGGCGGCGGCGGCCUCACCAUCAUGCCCAGCCUGCAGCUCGGGGGGUUCCGCGUGCAGGGGAGUCCGGCUACCCAAGUCUCCGUGCUUAUCGAGCUGUGCUUCGACAUGCUGGGACGGAUCGAGACGGGUCUUGGGGCGGGCUGCUGGGGUGUCAGCAGGGCGCGCCAAGUUGGGGCUGGGGUCCAGCAGGGGCAGCCAGCCUGUGUGGUAGAGGGACCUGUGUCUAUCUCUAUCAGAGACAUGCUACUAACGCAGGAGAUGACGCGCUCGGGCGAGGGGCCAGAAGGGCUGGAUUCACUUCCGCUGAGUGACCUGGCAGGUGAGCUCAAAUCACGACUCAGCGCACAGAGCUGAGAAUGAAAGGGUGGGGCGCUAUAUGCACAGUUGAAAUCAAGGCUGUGAGAGCAGCACAGUGUGGUUACAUGCAGAGGGGUUGGGUAGGAGUAGGGAUGCGCCUACGCCGCUUUUUAAAAGAACGUAAUGCAGAGCAGCACUCUCCCGGUGUGUGAUUAGCUACGUUGGCUCCGA